AGUCCGAGAGACAGAGCGAGGAGCGCUCCUGAAGGGAGACGUCGGGCUCGUCCCCGGGGUCCAGGCCGCGGUCCCACUCGCGGGCGCAGUUGCCCGGCGCCGGCCGCUCGGCCCCGCGGCCUGGGAGGCCGUUGCGCAAGGCAGGGCCCGCGGCUCGGGGAGUGAUGCGCCGGGCGUUGCCUCCCGCCCGCCGCCGCCGCCGCCGCCAGAAGCCCCAGAGGAGCUGAGGGAGGCGACGCCGAAGCGCUGGCCCGGAGUGGCCACGGCUGCAGCCCGGGCGGCGGGCUAGGGCGCUCGCCGGGCUUCUGGGCCGACCCCGCUCCGGCGCCUCCGCUCCCCGCCCGGGGCCCGCCCUCGCGGCCCGGCCUCGCUCCCGGGUCCCAGAUGACCACCGAGGGCGGGCCGCCGCCGCCCCCGCCGCGCCCGCCGCCGGCCCCGCUCCGCCGCGCGUGCAGCCCGGUCCCCGGCGCGCUCCAGGCCGCCCUGAUGAGCCCGCCGCCCGCCGCCGCCGCCGCCGCCCUGGAGACCACCUCCUCCUCCUCCUCGUCGUCGUCCUCCGCCUCCUGCGCCUCGUCCUCGUCCUCCUCCAAUUCGGCCAGCGCCCCCUCGGCCGCCUGCAAGAGUGCGGGCGGCGGCGGCGGCGGCGGCGCGGGCGCCGGGAGCGGGGGCGCCAAGAAGGCGAGCUCGGGGCUGCGGCGGCCCGAGAAGCCGCCCUACUCGUACAUCGCGCUCAUCGUCAUGGCCAUCCAGAGCUCGCCCAGCAAGCGCCUGACGCUCAGCGAGAUCUACCAGUUCCUGCAGGCGCGCUUCCCCUUCUUCCGCGGCGCCUACCAGGGCUGGAAGAACUCCGUGCGCCACAAUCUCUCGCUCAACGAGUGCUUCAUCAAGCUGCCUAAGGGCCUCGGGCGGCCCGGCAAGGGCCACUACUGGACCAUCGACCCGGCCAGCGAGUUCAUGUUCGAGGAGGGCUCGUUCCGCCGCCGGCCGCGCGGCUUCAGGCGGAAGUGCCAGGCGCUCAAGCCCAUGUACCACCGCGUGGUGAGCGGCUUGGGCUUCGGGGCCUCGCUGCUGCCCCAGGGCUUCGACUUCCAGGCGCCCCCGUCGGCGCCGCUCGGCUGCCACAGCCAGGGCGGCUACGGCGGCCUCGACAUGAUGCCCGCGGGCUACGACGCCGGCGCGGGCGCCCCAAGCCACGCGCACCCUCACCACCACCACCACCACCACGUCCCGCACAUGUCGCCCAACCCGGGUUCCACCUACAUGGCCAGCUGCCCGGUGCCCGCGGGACCCGGGGGCGUCGGUGCGGCGGGGGGCGGCGGGGGCGGCGGAGACUACGGGCCAGACAGCAGCAGCAGCCCGGUACCCUCGUCCCCGGCCAUGGCGAGCGCCAUCGAAUGCCACUCGCCCUACACGAGCCCUGCGGCGCACUGGAGCUCGCCUGGCGCCUCGCCUUACCUCAAGCAGCCGCCCGCCCUGACGCCGAGCAGCAACCCCGCCGCCUCUGCAGGCCUGCACUCCAGCAUGUCCUCCUACUCGCUGGAGCAGAGCUACUUGCACCAGAACGCUCGCGAGGACCUCUCAGUGGGACUGCCCCGUUACCAGCAUCACUCUACUCCAGUGUGUGACAGAAAAGAUUUCGUCCUCAACUUCAAUGGGAUUUCUUCUUUCCAUCCCUCAGCUAGCGGGUCGUAUUAUCACCAUCACCACCAGAGCGUCUGUCAGGAUAUUAAGCCCUGCGUCAUGUGAGUGCCAACGGAAAGAGGCCAAGCAAUGGCAGCUCUCUCCUCUCCUCUCCUCAGAGGGGGCAGAUAGAAACUGGGAUGGAUUCACGUCGCAUGCACGCGGAUAGCAGUAAGCCACAUACCUGCCACUUAGCCAGAAUGCCCAGGAUCGCGUUGGUCACUGUUAUUUGCCUACUGCUGGAAGAAGGACAACCGCUGGCAAGAUAGCGUCCCCAAUCUGAAUACCUGCAGGCUCCCACAUGAGGGAGAGGGCAGACUCAGGUGGGAAGAUGUGCCAUGCGUAAGACAUCAACGUGUAUCUCUGGGAUCUUCGUUGCCUUCAGUAAUCAGGGUCUGAAAAAAGCAGACAAGUUGUGUGUGUGUGUGUGUGUGUGUGUUUGUCUAAGAAAACUUGUGUGCUUUUCAAAAAGGCAGUGCUAAGCACAAGAUUUCAAGAAAGCCUCUUCUUGUUGCCUAGCUGAGUGGGAGAGUCAUUUUCCCCAGACACUACAUUUGGAUACAGGUGCCAAAGAACAUUAUUAAGGAAUUAUUUAGAAACAAUGUGUCUAGUUUAAGAAAGUGGUUUUCAGUAUUGUGACAAUACAACGUUUUUACAAGGUUGUUUUCUACCACCAUAUUUUAAAGAUAUUUUUAUGACCUUCGUGUAUACUCACACUUUGCUUGUAUUUUAAAAGGAGGAUAUAUUUGCACUUACGUAUACUUUUACAGUUUGCCAAAAUAUUUUGUUGUAAAAUUUUUUUUCAAUAAAAUGUAUAUAACAAAUAGU